AUGAAGGAUUUGCUGCGUGGCAUGGAGGACGACAGGCAGAAGGCACUGGGAGAUGUCCUGGACCACCUGGCGGAUGGCCAUUUGCCCACCGAGGAGGAAGCCUUGAGGCUGUUGCAAGCUGGGGCGAAGCACUUCGCUCAGCUUCCCACCUUGGUGCCAAUCACCGUUUCCAAGGGCGCAAGCCUACAUGUGGUCGGGGACUUGCAUGGCCAGUUUUGCGAGUUGAUGACCGUGAUCAGCUUGUGUGGACUCCCCAGCCAGAGCAACAUGUUUCUCUUCAACGGCGACUUCGUCGACCGCGGCGGCCGCUCCGUCGAGGUCAUGAUGGCGCUCGUGUCCAUGGCACUCGCUGCGCCCGGCCGUGUCUUUUUGAACCGUGGAAAUCAUGAGUUUGCCUACAUGAGUAGGAAUUAUGGCUUUGAAGAGGAAGCGCUUCAGAAGUAUCCUCGCAGAGUCUUCGAGGCUUUCCAGGAGCUCUUCAUCAGCUUGCCCUUGGCAUCCCUGGUGAAUCGCUCGGUCUUCGUGGCCCACGGAGGUCUCUUCAGGAGCCGCGCCGUGGGCCUCAAGGACGUGGCCACCAUCGACCGCUUCGCGCCGACGCUUGGCGAAGUCGCCCAAGAUCUCCUUUGGUCAGAUCCCAUCAAUGAAGAUGGCCGACAUCUCUCCCAGCGUGGUGCAGGGAUCCUUUUCGGCCCUGACGUGACCGAGGAGUUUUGUCAGGACAACGACUUGCUUUGCUGCAUCCGUUCCCACGAGGUCAAGCACCGCGGGUACGAAUGGCAGCGGGGCGGUCGCUGUUUGACCAUCUUCUCCGCGGCGAACUACAUCGGCCGCAUGGGGAACCUGGGGGCGGUGUGUCACAUCGCGCCGGCGGCGGAGCGCAUUGAAGCCGCCGAUCUGUCGAUCAGCCGGGGCCGCCCAGGGCAGCGGCGAAAGAGGGCAGCGGAGCCGCAGUUCGGAGAAGGAGCGGAGCCGCAGAAUUCGGUGGUUGUGAGACCCAAAAAGGUACGUUUCAAGGUGCUGUGGAGGAUGCUUUCAGAGACCGCCGCUCGGCGAUUCGUACCGGAGCCUGACGACCUGUGGCCACGGUGGAAUGGUGCUGCGAUUCGCGCAGAGCAUUCAGCCCAGAUCAAUCCAUUCCCAUCGAACAGGUCAGCGAGUCACUGCGAACGUACAACCAUCCCGGAGCCAAACCCGGAGGCACCGUCUCCCAGCCUGGUCUCCGGACUGCCGAACUUCGAAACCUUGGAAGUGGCCGGAGGCCCCACAACAGCCCGUGGCUUGGCAUGCAUUGUGCUCAAGCAGGCUAUGCUGCUUAUGUUCUACAUGAGUCGGCAGGGCUAUAAGUCAGUCAACAGCCUGUUCUUCCAGCGGAAGUAUCAGGUGACCUUCCAGCACCGUCGCAGCGCGUCCUCGCCGAUUUCCCCCAACAAGCCACAGCUGCGGCCGCACUCCGUGGCCGUGCCGGCGGCAGCCGGGACCGGGCAGCUUCGCUCGGCCACGGGGCAAAAGGCCAUCGACACCAUCAGCGAGUUGCUGAAGGACCGGAAUGUGCUGAAGCGGGCCGUGGUGCAAUGCUUCAAGCGAGUGGAGGAGGACGACGACUGCGUGGACUGCGAUGGCUUGACGCAGGUCUGCGAGGCUCUCUCGAAGGUGCUGGAGCUGCCGAUGGUGGCCUUUGGCGACCUGCAAAACAACUUCCUUUGCUUCGACUUCGAUGGCAGCGGCAUGUUGGAAGUGAACGAAGUCUAUAAGGUCGUGAAGCAUCAGCUACGACAAUACCGGAAGCAGUUGGGAGGAGAGACGCACCAGGUGAACAUGCCCUUCCGCACUCUUCAGCAAGCAGGAUAUACCGUUUACAAGGAACUGGGUCGUGGAAGCCAAGGGGUGGCCAAGCUUGCGAAGGACCCCACCGGCCGGGAGUUCUGCGUCAAGUGCCUCAAGAAAGACUCGAUGAGCAUCUCGGGGAUCGAAGAGUUGCAGGAAGAGUUCCAGACGCUUCAGCUCUUGGCGCACGACAACAUUGCACACGUGACGGAGCUCUUUCAGGAUAGCCAGUUCUACUACAUGGUCGGGGAGCCUUACCACGGGGGUGACUUCAUGACUUUGACGCAGCGCGCGAAAGAGCAGCAAGUACCCAUGACCGAGGAGUGGUGGCGCGGGAUCUUCCGUCAGUGCGCCGAGGCGUUGGAGUUCAUGCACGAACAGUCCAUGAUGCACUGCGAUAUCAAGGAGCCGAACAUCAUGAUCAAGACGAAGGACUUCCGGAAGCCUGAGGUCGUGGUCAUCGACUUCGGCGUCUGUCGCGCCAUGGUCACCGCCUCCAACGGCAUGCCUGGUGGCACGCCCGGCUACAUGCCACCGGAGACCAUCAAGCAACGGAAGUGGUUCCCCCGAGGUGACGUCUUCUGCCUGGGCGUGACCUUCAUCCAGGUGCUGCUGGAUAAGAGCCCACCCACGGGGCCACGCACCACCAGCACACCAGGUGGGAUCUUCGUGGAGGGCUGCCGCACCAUCGAGGAAACCGUUGUACUGCCGCGGCGGCACUUCUCCUUCCUCCCCCGGAAGUUCCGCGCGCUGAUCACGCUGCCGCCGCUCCGGCCCCACGUGCCGCGGGUCACGGGCACAUCGCCCCAGAAGCCGCGGGGCGGCAAGGAGCGCAAGUCGCUGACGAAGGCGAAGCAGGAGCCGGCGAUGGCGGUGCCGGGUUGCUAUGGUGACUUUUGCCAAGUGGAGUUCAAGUACCCACAGAGUCUCCAGGACAUCGAGACCAGUGGCGAUGCCUGGAGUCGCACGGGCCGUGCGCUCUGCCUACGCCAUGCGGAGCUGGAUGGACAUCAGCUGGGCAUGCUGUUGCGACCGGAAGAGCUGGUCGCUUGCAUGGAGGAGGAGGAGGACGAGAAGCCGCCGCGCACGGUGAACCCCAAGGCGCCGCUCUUUGAGGUUCAAGCCUCCCAGGUCUUGGAAGCUCGGAGUCAUCCGCAGCUCUGCCAGUGGCUGAUGGCUUUAGAUUGGCGCAUCGACCCCGAGGACGCCGCCCUCAUCUUGACCGCCACGGAGCAGCUUCGGGCCGAUGAGGAGAAGGGCGACAUGCAGAAGCUUUUGGAUGUUUCGGUGGCAGGGAUGCGAUACAGGCUACGGCCAGUGAAGGUGUGCCAGACUUGCUUGAGCACCUACAAGGUCAUCAAUCAGGUCAUCACCAUGGUUCGUCACCAGCGCCGCGACGUCUGGGCGAAGAUGCAGCUGGAUCGGCGGAAGAAGCAAGAGGAGAAGGCCAAAGAGGACGCGCAGAAUGCGUACAUCGACCGCGUGGUGGGAUGUCCAGAGGAACGCGCGGCACGGAUGGCUCAGCAGGCCAAAGCGCCGCCGGCCCUGCCGCGCCGGAGCGUCCUUUUCGACGAGGAGGUGCAGGAGUGGAUGCGUGAUAUCCCCGACUCACCGGUGACCGCAGAGCUGAUGCAGCAGCAGUGGAUGAAGGAAACCACGCCCUCGGACGAGACCCGACUGCCAGCGCCGCCCUGCUCGCCCGAGACCGGGCAGCGGAGAAGAGCUUUGCUGUCUUUGAAUCUGCCGAUGGCCUGA